AUGGAGCCACCCUCGAAACGCUUGAAGUCCGGCCAAGCUCCCUACGACAGCGACGAGGAAGAAGCAAAACAAGAUGAGCUCUCCCUGACCGACGUUCAGUUCGAUGCUCGACAAGAUCCCCUGCACGCGCUCGAUAAGGGACGGGCCAAGGCUGCGACCCGACUCAAGUCGAGAUUUGAGGACAUCUUCGAGAAAUACGGGAAAGACUUCACCGGUGUCGCCGACGAGAUUGACUUCCAUACGGGCGAAGUCGUCAUUAAUAAUGGGCAUCUCCAGUCUCUGGAAGACGAGAAAGAUCGCGAAAGAGAGGACUCUCCGUCGAGCGAGGAGGAGAAGGAGAGAGCCUUGAAAGGGAAGCAUCAUGGCCCUGCGAAACAGUCGCAGCCCAAGUCGCUCAUACCGGCAAACCCCUCCACAGACGGUACCGAUCUAGUACCACAGCCGGCGUGGAACCCAGCUGUUGGGAUGAACGAAGGCGCAUGUCCAAUGUCUUCGCCCGCCUUUCCCUCGGACCCCUUUGGUGCCGCAAACCCAUUCGCCAUGGGCCCUUCGUUCUUUGGCAAUCACCCGACCGAUCCAACGUGGCAGGUUCCUGAGUUCCCGAUGCAGUUCCCCCUGAAUGCAUUCGGGUUCAUGGGCCAGGCUAUGGGGGUUUCGCAACAGCUUCAGUUCAACCAGAUGGCGGCGAUGAUGGCUGCCGGGGGUGGUCCAUAUGGAUAUCUGGGUGGUAUGUUUCAACACCAAGGUUUCAGGAAAACUGCGAGAGCAGGGUCUCUUGCUCGGACCUCAUUACCUGCUACUACUGAGACACCGACGAGUGACGCUGAGGAGGAUGAGAUCCUGGUCGCUAGAAGCAAGCGGGAUGCCCUCGAAGUGGCCGUCGCAAAAACCGCCGAGAAGUCGCUGUCACUGUCGCUGGCUGCCUUCAACCGAAAUUCACAGCAAACAAUUCGAAAGGUUGCCAAGCCAGAUGAAGCAGGUACAAUGAAGAUGGAGCGCCUAAAGACACAACGCGUGUCAGGGCGGCCGAAGAAAACAACCGCUCUUGAACAUUGCCAACCGGGUCAACCACCAAGGGGCGUCACAACAGAUGCUUCAGUGGCUCAGGGGGGUGGUAAGCAUACGGCGACGGCAAGACGAGGACGACCCAAAAAAACAAAUACUCUAGCAGAAUCUCAAAUCCCCGACCAGCAGGAACGAGAGAAACCAACUGAAACAGAUCAUAACCAUCCUGUAGAGCCGAAGCCAGCUGCAAGCCAAGAUACUGGGUCAGAGUUACGUCGCGGACGAGGGCGACCGAACAAAACGGGCAUUUCGUCAAGCCCGCAAACUAGUCCCAGUCGAAGACAGGAUCAACAACCCACCGGACCAGUUGAUACCACGCAAAUUCUGCCCCCAGGGUCGCCGAAGAUUGCAAAGGAUAAUGGCGUCAGGUUGAUGCAGAGCAAGGAGCUAAUCGCCAACCAUGCUGAGCGACUGGAUCUACAGACAAGACGCUCGUCACGUACCCGCAAACAGCCGGAUCUAUAUGGCGAUAUCCCGUGGCUAAAGCGCGGCGCAAGGUUAGCAGGGACUACAGCGAAAGAUUGCACGGAAUCGGGAUUGUCACAGACUCUCGUAGAUGGAUCUCCAGGACUCAUGCACACGGAAGACUCUCCAAGCGCAGAAGAAGAUAGCCGACUUAAGGAGUUUCAACAAGGCGGCCAAACCAUGACUGAUACCGAUGCACUGCCAGAGCCCCAAGAUAUCCCUUUGAAUCCGGAGCAUCUAGUUGAUAAGACGCACUCAGAACCGGUCAAGUUUGACAACGAUGCAACCGAAACUCUUCUCAGAGAAUCUUCACUGCAAGAGGAAAUGCAGGAUCGGGGUCACAUUAACUCUCCACCAGCAAUCAUAUGUUCGCAUGAUCUGGAACCUCCCAUUAUAGAGGCCGCCAUGGAAGAGGUCGAACCAUCAACCCUUAUUACGGAAGUCGGUUCACAGAACGAGGUGGGACUUUCAACUGGCCACUCAGACAAGGAAGACGAAGUACUGGUGCCAUUGCCAGAAUUCCUUCGAGAGAACACUCCGCCGGUUUCCCGGCCUGAGCAAUUAUCACACGCGAAAAAACGCGAGACCAGAGGUGUGGAUAUCAGUAUUGGCAGAAGCUCUCCACCCGAUGAUGUUAUGGAAGACAGAAUCCCAGAAGUUUCGAACGUGCUUGAACCUGCUGUUUCACCGCAAGCUAGUCUCGAAACAACCAAGACACAAGAUUUACCGGAAAUGUCUGACAAGGAAAUGAGUCAAACACUGGAACAAGCGCCGACGAAGGACGAUCUUGCGCCGGCACUCGACAUCUCGCAACGCGAUCCUGACCACGAGGAAGGAGUCACUGAAAAUGAUAAUCCACCAAGCUCACCCCCAAGUAUUAUUAUCAGAGCCGAUCCAGUCCCAGAGCCGAUGUUACCACCGCUACCGCGUAGGCGGAGCCCUCCAGCAGUGUCUGCUUUAGCCCUGCGGCCAGCAUUGAGGCCAAGAAACGAUGGCUCUAACGCCCAUGCCGACGCUGCCGAGCCCCUGAAACCCGCUCCGGCUCGAUCGCUCAGGUCCCGCGCGAGCUCUUCUGUUCCCGUAACACCUAAGAAGCCAAGGCACAGGCCUGGUGAUCACCUAACUUCAUCAGCCAAGAGAUUCGCCCUCACGUCGCUGGUUCCUGACGACCCCCGAGAUGACGAUGAACUGAGCAUCGUAUCAUCAAGCCCAAGCUCCUUCCGCUCCAGGCUCUCCCGCAUCAACCUCUAUUCGUCACCUGCGCCCUCACCUCACAGAACCUCCCGGAGACACAGCCUCCUCGUCGGCCCACGAGUCCGCUCCAGCACGCCGGAUCGCAUCUCCGGGUUCGUACGUCCCGCCGCGCCCGCGACGGACUCCCGAGCCUCGCGGACCACGAAGCGCAAGCUAGGCGCUUCUGCGGUCCAAAGCUCGCCUCUGGCACGCACCGCAGUCGAGAACCUGCUAGCCACGCCCCGCCGGAGAAGGCAGGGCAACCCCCCGGGGAGUCCGGUGCGCACGCCGGGCGGAACGAUGCGGCGGUGUGGUGAGGAUGGCUUCAAGUGUGACCGGGACUUCUGCCUCACGUGCCCUUAG